AUGUCACGAAAAGGCAUAUCACUUGAAGAAAAGCGUCGACGAAUGGAAAAGUAUUUGCAUGAAACGUGCGACUUUUUUCAGUUGAAGGAAUUAGAAAAGGCUGGUCCCAAGCUAGGUGUUGUGCAACAAUCGGUCAAGGAGGUGGUGCAAGGAUUGAUUGAUGAUGGACUUGUGCAUUCAGACAAGAUUGGCCCUUCGAAUUACUAUUGGUCCUAUCCAUCUGCAGCUGAACACGCCUUGCGAUCAAAAGAAGAGCAAUUACAAGCAAAGCUGGAUCAGGAGCGAAAAAAGAAUGAGGAGCUAAAACGAGAGAUUGAAUUGGCACAACAAGGUCGUGAACCCUCGGAUGAACGUGAAAAGAUCCUUUCGGAGCUCAAGGAACUGCAAGCGGAAAACAAGGCUCUUAUGAAUGAGAUGCAACUUUACAAGGACAAUGAUCCCGAGACCUACAAAGCCAAAGAGAAGGCCAUUGUUGUGUGCAAGGAGGCUGUAAAUAGAUGGACUGAAAACAUCUGGACCAUGCAAUCCCACUGCACCAACAAGUAUGGAAUUCCUCGAGACGAGUUUAACAAGGCGUUCAACAUCGAUAGUGAACUUGAUACCAUAGAAUAG